AGGACGUGCAAGGGGCAGGCACAGCCUGGAAGUGCAUCAGGUGUGCACAUGGUCUCCCUCGGGGCCCUAGGAUGACCUGCUACGGGACCUGGACAACUUCUUCUCCUCCCCUAUGGACUUCCGGGACCUUCCUAGGAACUUCCAUCAGGAAGAAAACCAGGAGCACAGAAUGGGAAACCAUACCCUCUCCAGCCACCUGCAGAUAGACAAGAUGACUGACAACAAGACAGGGGAGGUGCUCAUCUCUGAGAAGGUUGUGGCCUCCCUCGAACCAGAGGGGAACACGGAAGGUGACUGGAAGGUGCCCAAAGUGGAGGAGAAAGAGACCCUGGUGCCAGUGCAGAAGGCCAUAGAUGGUUUGCACCCAGAGCCCCGGCGGGUGGCUUUCUGGAUCAUGAAGCUGCCAAGGCGGAGGACUCAGCCAGAUGUCGAGGAUGGGAGCCGCUGGCUCAUAGAAAAGCGACAUCGCCUGCAGGCCAUCCGAGACGGGCUCCGUGGGGGUGCCCAUGAGGACAACCUCGAGGAUGGGGCCCAUGUCCCCCAACACAUCAAGCUGCCUAUACGAAAGACGCACUUUCUCUACAUCCUCAGGCCAUCCCAGCAGUUAUAGGGUGGGGACCAGAUGUCCUUGCAUGUCCCUCACCCUACCCCAGCACC